GUGGGAAAGAAAGUUUGGGAAGUUUCACACGAGCCGUUCGCGUGCAGUCCCAGAUAUAUAUAGAGGCCGCCAGGGCCUGGGGAUCACACAGGAUCCGGAGCUGGUGCUGAUAACAGUGGAAUCCCCCGUCUACCUCUCUCCUUGGUCCUGGAACAGCGCUACUGAUCACGAAGUAGCCACAAAAUAUUAUUAUAAACCCUCAGCACUUGCUCAGUAGUUUUGUGAAAGUCUCUAGUAAAAGAGACACAAAGAAUUCUUUUUCGUGAAGAACUCCAAAAAUAAAAUUCUCUAGAGAUUAAAAAAAAAAAAAGGAAAAUGCCAGCUGAUAUAAUGGAGAAAAAUUCCUCGUCCCCGGUGGCUGCUACCCCAGCCAGUGUCAACACGACACCGGAUAAACCAAAGACAGCAUCUGAGCACAGAAAGUCAUCAAAGCCUAUCAUGGAGAAAAGACGAAGAGCAAGAAUAAAUGAAAGUCUGAGCCAGCUGAAAACACUGAUUUUGGAUGCUCUUAAGAAAGAUAGCUCGCGGCAUUCCAAGCUGGAGAAGGCGGACAUUCUGGAAAUGACAGUGAAGCACCUCCGGAACCUGCAGCGGGCGCAGAUGACGGCUGCGCUGAGCACAGACCCAAGCGUGCUGGGGAAGUACCGCGCUGGCUUCAGCGAGUGCAUGAACGAGGUGACCCGCUUCCUGUCCACGUGCGAGGGCGUUAAUACCGAGGUGCGCACUCGGCUGCUCGGCCACCUGGCCAACUGCAUGACCCAGAUCAAUGCCAUGACCUACCCCGGGCAGCCGCACCCCGCCUUGCAGGCGCCGCCGCCGCCCCCACCAGGACCCGGCGGCCCCCAGCACGCGCCGUUCGCGCCGCCGCCGCCGCUCGUGCCCAUCCCCGGGGGCGCGGCGCCCCCUCCCGGCGGCGCACCCUGCAAGCUGGGCAGCCAGGCUGGAGAGGCAGCUAAGGUGUUUGGAGGCUUCCAGGUGGUACCGGCUCCCGAUGGCCAGUUUGCUUUCCUCAUUCCCAACGGGGCCUUCGCGCACAGCGGCCCUGUCAUCCCGGUCUACACCAGCAACAGCGGCACCUCCGUGGGCCCCAACGCAGUGUCACCUUCCAGCGGCCCCUCGCUUACGGCGGACUCCAUGUGGAGGCCGUGGCGGAACUGAGGGGGCUCAGGCCACCCCUCCUCCUAAACUCCCCAAGCGACCUCUCUUCCCCCUGGACUGUAAACAGGAACUUGAAUACUGGGAGAGAAAAGGACUUUUUUGAUUAAGUGGUUACUUUGUGUUUUUUUUAAUUUCUAAAAAGUUACUUUUUGUAGAGAGAGCUGUAUUAAGUGACUGACCAUGCACUAUAUUUGUAUAUAUUUUAUAUGUUCAUAUUGGAUUGCGCCUUUGUAUAAAAGCUCAGAUGACAUUUCGUUUUUUACACGAGAUUUCUUUUUUAUGUGAUGCCAAAGAUGUUUGAAAAUGCUCUUAAAAUAUCUUCCUUUGGGGAAGUUUAUUUGAGAAAAUAUAAUAAAAGAAAAAAGUAAAGGCU